AUGGCGGCAUUAAUUGUUCCAUCUGCCCUCACCAACCCCACUGCUGGGUCCAAAACAGCACAGCAAGGGCACGGAAGCAACGAAGAGCCCCUGAAAUCUGGAAAUGAAGGGGCAAAGCAGAAAAGACGGGAUGUUGGUCAAAACAUGGUCCUGGAGAAAACACGCGAGUUCUUCCAGGUCUGUGACAUUGAAAAAAAGGGCUUCAUCACUCAACGUGACAUGCAGAGGUUGCUUGGUGAAGUCCCUCUCAAUGCGGACGACUUGGAGAAAGUAUUUGACACGCUCGAUUCUGACAGCAAUGGAUUUCUCACACUCGAUGAGUUUUCCGCUGGCUUUAGUGAAUUUCUGUAUGGCAGAGACAUUUUGUUAAAAGAAGGCAUGGGAGAUAAACCGCCCCGUGCAAAGCUUACGGAAGCGCUUUACCAGAGCCGGUGGGAAGAGGGUUCGGCAGCCUCAGAGGAUGAAGAAGAGAAGCAUUUUUCCAUGCUGAUGGAGCGCCUCGGAGCCAACAAGGUCUUUGAAGAUCCUGUAGAGGUACGCAGUUUGUGGGCUCAGCUACGGCGGGAUGAGCCACACCUCUUGUCCAAUUUUGAGGACUUCCUGGCAAGGGUAACUUCCCAGAUAAUAGUGGCGAACCAGGAAAAGAGGGAGAUGGAGAGCGCACUGCAACGAAAAGCAGCAACACAUGAUGAUGAGAUCCAUCGACUUUACGAGGAAAUGGAGCAGCAAAUAAAGAGUGAAAGAGAACGGAUUGUGUUGCAGGACUAUAAGACGUUUGUGUCUCGCAGUCAAGACCUUGAAAGACAGUUAACCACCAAGGAGAAAGAGUUGGAACAGCUCUUUCACAAGCAGAGGAGGUUGGAAGAUCAGUGUCAGGAGCUUCAUAGUGUGCAACAUGUGACCAAGGUUGAAAAUGUAAAGCUGAAAAAAACAAAUGAUGAACUGGCAAAAGAAUUGGAUCAAGCCAGUCAAGAGCUGCUUUUGGCACAAGAGCAAUUGAGUUUGCUCCACCAGAAGUCCACACGACUCAAUGAGGAGAAAGAAAUGGAAAUAUACCGAAUGACAGAAGGACUGCAGCGUGAGCGAGCAAGCCUUCUUAAACAACUGGACAUGAUGAGGGAAGUGAACAAACAUCUACGAGAUGAAAAAGACAUUUUCUUUCAGAAUCCCCAUAAUAGUGAUAACACAAGAUUGCAGCCAAGGCCACUAUGUAAUGCUGGGACAGACACUCACUUAUCAAAAAGCUGUGAGGAUGUGGAAGAGGAUGUAAGGCAGAACUCAGCCAACAUGUUAAAGAACCCAUGUGGCCUAGAGGUGACCAGAGGUUACCUACCGAGGAUCAUCUCUAUUGAGGAGGACCACCUCCCACAUUUGCUCCAAAAUGGCGGCCAUGGCCAGAUCCCUCUUCAGCCAUAUAAUGAAGGCGAGGAAGUGAAAAACCAGGAAGAGAAUAUAGACUUGGUGAUGAGUGACAUUUACCCUGCUCAGCUUUAUUUGUCGAACGGAGAGUCGAACGGAGUUGGAGAAGUCUUUCAAACGCCAAUGUUUCCAAGGGGUCAACCUGUUGGGAAGGAGAACAGCAUAAAUGAGGAAAGCAGUCCGUCGCUGCCAGACCGGCUGUUUAAAAUCGUUCUUGUGGGGAACUCCAAUGUUGGAAAGACCUCCCUCCUUCGACGCUUUUGUGAUAACAGUUUCCAACCUGACACUUCCGCUACUGUCGGUAUAGACUACAGCGUGAAGACAAUAAUUGUGGAUAACAGCCAGGUGGCACUGCAGGUCUGGGAUACGGCAGGACAAGAAAGGUAUCGAAGCAUCACCAAGCAAUUUUUCCGCAAAGCUGACGGUGUGGUUGUGAUGUAUGACAUAACAGUUCAGCAGAGCUUCACGGCUGUCAGAGAGUGGCUGACAAGUGUCAAGGAAGGCUCAGGCGAAGACAUAAUUUUAAUGCUGUUGGGAAACAAAACAGACUUGCAGAAAGAAAGACAAGUGCAUAAAACAAUUGGGGAGAGGCUGGCUAAGGACUGCCAGAUGACUUUCUUUGAGUGCAGUGCUUGCUCAGGGCAUAAUGUAUUAGAAGCCAUGCUUCAUUUGGCUAGAACCCUAAAAGAACAAGAGGAUCGGGAAAAAGAGAAGACUGUCCAGUUGGUCAGCAGCUCAAUGGAGAAGAAGAAAUCCUGCUGUCAACAGAUAUAA